AAUACAAUGAGUAGAAUAAAGCCAAGGGUGAAAGGACACGGCUGAAAAGAAGAAGAAAAAAAAGAAAACCCGUCGUUGCCUCAUGUUGAUGACGUCUCAAUUUGUAUUUACUGGAGGACUGACAGAAUUCGUAGUGGUACAGGGAAGGAGAAUAUACCAUCAAAAAAGACACUUUGCAAGUCAGACAGGCUAUGAUCUUGGCUGGACUGAGUGUUGAGCCUCAGUGAGAUGACUGACCAGGGCAACAACAACAACCACAACAUCUCCUGCAACCCCUUCGCCGCCCUAUUCAGCUCGUUGGCUGAUGCCAAGCAGUUUGCGUCAGGCCAAAAGUCUGCACCGUUACCCACUGGACCGCCACAAGAUGACUCCGGGGAGAGCCAAUCAGAGUCUGAGAACUCUGUGUCGGACAGCAUCGACGACAAUGACGACUCUGUGGCAGAGAUAAGCCGAUCCUUCCGAUCCCGACAGGAACUGUGCGAGCAACUCAAUGUGAAUCACAUGAUCCAGCGUAUAUUUCUUAUCACCUUGGAUAACAGUGAUCCCAGUCUGAGAGCAGGCAAUGGGAUCCCCCCUCGCUGUGUUUACCUGGAGGAGAUGGCAGCUGAUCUGGAUGGACAGGAUUGGCUGGACAUGGACAACAUAGAGCAGGCACUUUUUAAUCGUCUGCUGCUGCUUGAACCAGGAAACCAUCUCAUCUACAUGACAUCAUGCAGUGCUGUGAACCUGUCAGCUGACCGUGACGCUGGAGAGAAAUGUGCCAUUCCAUACCUCUUUGCUUGUUAUCAAAGGGCAAAGGAAGAGGUGACCAAGGUGCCGGAGAAGUUAUUGCCAUUUUCCGUUCGUUGUAAGAAUCUGACAGUCUCAAACACGCGCACAGUUCUGCUCACCCCAGAAAUCUACGUCAACCAAAGUGUGUAUGAGCAACUUCUGGACCUGCUGCUGGACGCUUACAGUAGAGCACAGCCAGAGGAGGUGGUGGAGUUUGUUGAGGAGGUGAUUGCUGGCUUGCUCUCUGACCAAGAGGUGCGGACCUUCAAGGAGGUGAUAGUUCCAGUGCUUGAUAUCUUCCAGGGUCGAAUCAAAGACAUUGAUCUGUGUCAGCCCUUCUUCUACUUCUACCUUGAUGUACUUCUCUACUUCAGCUAUAAUAAAGAUAUUGCCAAGGUAUUGAUGGAGCACAUUCAGCCCAAAGAUCCGGCAAAUGGGUUGCUGUACCAAAAGAGCCUACUCGGAACUGUGUUGAAUGUGUCUUGCCUGCUGAAAACACCGGGAGUGGUAGAAGGACAUGGCUACUUCCUGAACCCAUCCCGUUCCAGCCCUCAGGAGACUAAAGUCCAGGAGGCGAACAUCCACCAGUUUAUGGGCCAGUUUCAUGAUAAGCUGCACCAAAUGUUUAAAUACUUGCUGCAGCGGUCGAGUGAGACGCGCCACCUGCUGCUGUCAUGGUUGGGCAACUGCCUGCACGCAAACGCUGGCCGGGCCAAGAUUUGGGCCAAUCAAAUGCCAGAGCUCUUCUUUCAGAUGUAUGCCUCAGAUGCAUUCUUCUUGAAUUUGGGCGCAGUGCUUCUGAAGCUGUGCCAGCCCUUCUGCCGGCCACGUUCAUCCAAAUUGCUCACAUUUAAUCCCACGUACUGCGCAGUCCGAGACCUAAGUGAAGAGGAGAGGUGCAUUCGCAAUGUGCAUGCGAGAGGUCUUGACAAGGAAACCUGUCUGACCCCCAUGCCCUCCCAGCCCACGCAGGAGCCUGCUGCAGAGUCCUACAGCCUACUGACAGAAAACCUCGUCCUCACCCAGCUCACCCUGCAUCUUGGCUUCCACAGACUCCAUGAACAGCUGGUCAAGAUGAACCAGUCUCUGCACAGGCUUCAGGUGACGUGCGAGGAGGCCCAUCGCACAGGAAACCCCAUGUCGGAGCAGCUCUUGGAGCAAUUUGAACGCCUGAUGAUUGUCUUCUUGUCAACCAAAGCUGCCACCACACAGCCCGCCAUGCUGCAAUGCUGCCUUAACCUCCAAGCAUCCACUGCUGCUCUGCUGGUGCAGUUUGCUUUGGGAAACCACGGCCAUGAACAUGUAGCACUUAGUUUUCCGCUGCCCACACUGCAAAACACCAUGCUUUGCUUUGUACCAGAAUUUUUUGUGGAGAACUUGGGAGAUUUUUUCAUCUUCCUUCGGCCAUUCGCUGAUGAUGUUUUGGAGACCUCUGCUGAGAGUCUUGAGCAGAUUCUUAACUUUAUCACUGUCUUCAUGGGUAAUGUAGAACGAAUGAAGAAUCCACAUUUAAGAGCAGAGCUAGCAGAGGUCUUAGAGGCGGUGAUGCCCCACAUACUGCCUCUGGCGCCCGGUACUCCUCAGCCAAUCGUCUUCCAGCGACAGAGAGUCUUCUGCUCUUACAAAUAUGCACCUCAGUUGGCCGAAGCCCUCAUCACUGUGUUUGUAGACAUUGAAUUUACAGGCGAUCCUCACCAGUUUGAACAGAAGUUCAAUUACAGAAGACCCAUGUAUCCUAUCCUCAAGUUCAUGUGGGGCGAAAAUAACUACAGAGAGAGUAUCAAGCAUUUGGCAGACUAUGCAUCCAAGAACCUCGAAGCCAUGAAUCCUCCUCUGUUCCUUAGGUUCCUCAACUUGCUGAUGAAUGAUGCCAUCUUCCUUUUAGAUGAGGCUAUUCAGUACCUGAGUAAAAUCAAGAUCCUGCAGCUGGAGCGGGAUCGAGGAGAGUGGAAUGACCUGGCCCCCGAUGCCCGAAGGGAAAGGGAGUCCAGCCUGCAGAUGUUUGGACAGCUGGGCCGCUUCCAUAACAUCAUGUCUAAUGAGACCAUCGGCACACUGGCCUUCCUCACUUCAGAGAUCAAAGGGAUCUUUGUGCACCCUUUCUUGGCUGAGAGGAUCAUCUCCAUGCUCAACUACUUUCUGCAGCACUUGGUAGGACCCAAAAUGGGUGCUCUUAAAGUGAAGGACUUCACUGAGUUUGACUUCAAGCCCCAGCAGCUUGUCUCUGACAUCUGCACCAUCUACCUUAACCUGGGAGAUGAGGAGAAUUUCUGUGCUACCGUUCCAAAGGAUGGACGUUCAUACUCCCCUACCCUCUUUUGCCAAACGGUGAGGGUACUGAAGAAAAUCAACAAGCCCGGGGAUAUGAUUGUGGCUUUUGGACUCCUUGCUGAUAAAAUAAAGUCCCAUGCAGAUCGACAGCAACAGGAGGAGGAGACUUACUCAGAGGCCCCAGAAGAGUUCCUGGAUCCUAUCAUGUCCACACUGAUGCUCGAUCCUGUUCUUCUUCCUUCUUCCAACGUCACAGUCGACCGCUCAACUAUAGCAAGGCAUCUCCUCAGUGACCAGACAGACCCGUUCAACCGCAGUCCUCUCACCAUGGACCAGAUAAGGCCAAACGAGGAGCUCAGACAACAGAUCUUACAAUGGCUGGAUAAGCAUAAGCAGGAGAGGCUGCAGCUGGGACCAAGUGACCAGACUUGAUCCGCUCGGUGCCUAACAAUGACUGCAUCCUUGUUUGCUUCCCUCUUCCACAUCUAGAGUGCCCCUCUGCCUUUUUUUUUUUUUUUUUUGGGUGGCUAAUCUGUGGUGUACUUGUCGCCGCAGAUUCCAGACUCCUGUCUCAUACUGCAUUUAAAUCCUAUUUAAUACAGCUCAGCCAGCAUGCAACAGAGCUGGUUGACUUGCUGUUUUUCUGUGCCAAUGGUAAACAUUUGCAUUAUGGGAGUGAUACGAUCUUGAGCAGGAGAGGAGAAUUACAGGACAGUGAAAAAGCAUUUGCCCCUUCUUGAUUUUGAUGUAUUUAUUUUUUUACAUAUUUAUCUCAUUUAAACGUUUCGUAUCGUCAUCAAGCCAAUUUUAACUUCUUUGGCCUGUCGCACACCUAGAGACGCAACUGAACGGGACAGUCGUAAACAAAGUGGUGACCAUUUGAAAAUGUGAACACUGGCAGAGGAAAUGCAGUGUUCCACAUUGAGAUUUAUCCAUUUCCUAAUCAUUUUGAGAAAUCAUGAACAUGAGUGUCAUCACAUAGUAAUUAUUCAUAAUAGCAUAUAAUAAUCAUUUUAUUCAGAGUAAUUUUAGCAAAAGUGUCAAACUGGUACUCCCUUGGAUUGAUCAAUACCCAAGAAGUAGUUGUCAAAUUCUGAAGUGUAGGUGACACCUGAUCUGCUGUAUUAGUUUUUACUGAACCAGAAACAACAUGGCACAAUUGUCAAGCAAGAAGUGGAUUUCCCUGGUCAGUGUAGCAGUUGUAUAAUACUACAAAGAGGAAAACCGGGUGAGAAAUAAAGGAGUGUGGAUAGUUUAGAGUGUGUUGGCAAUGAUUGCCACAUUUUGCUGACAGAGACUCUCCACGCUGCACUUUUUUAACCACAGGUAUUUUUUUCAAACAUAUAUAUAUAUAUUGGAUAUAUACAUAGAUGCAUACUGGAUAUACUCUAUUAAUAUGGCUUGGCAGCCCUCAACUGGAUCUCGCGUCUGACUCGGAAACAUAAUUUUUGUUGUGAAAGCUCAUGUGAUAUGACGUGGUGAUUUCAAUUGCCUGUUAGGUCUCCGAUGUUGCGACACUGUUCAUUUGCAAGUCAAAUUUUGAGUUGACGGUUGACCGCUCCUGAAAAUUACUAAAAGAAUCCUGCAUACUGCACGAUAGUUAAGUCACGUUGGGCUGCGUCACUUGUGCGGCGGCUUUUACAAAGAUAAAGUGAAUACCAAAUGCAGUUUGUAAAUGAUGAGGGUGAUGAAUCUAAUUGAGAUGCUGUGGUAUGAACUUAAUUAAAAACAGGCACUUCAAGCUUGAAAACUGGUGAAACAACUGUUGAUAUUACAUACCGGUAAAAUAUUUUUUUCAUACAAGAAGAAUGGCCCUCUGAGAAACUGAAAUGGUUCCCUAAAAGAAAAAGGAUUCCUCACCCCUGAAUUGAGUUUUGUGUUCGUUUGACAUUCACAUCACGAGUGUGGCCACUGAUCAUGUUCAAACCAGUUGUUGAAUAGUCUUAACACAUUUCCCAUCUGAACAAAAUUUUACACAGCAACACAAGCAUUUUGCGACGCUAACAUGACAGAAUGACAACAUUUAUUACUUGGGCUCCAACUACAAUGACUGAAGUAAUAUGCAGCACUUUUGGUUCAAGCUGCAUGCUAGAUGUAGAUAUAAACAGAACUUAAACUUUAAGGCAAAUCUAUUAAAACCUGUGAGGUAUUUAUUUACAGCCCUCGUUGUAUUUGUUGUGUAAGUUACAAUGACAGCGCCAUAAGCACACGCCAGCAUUUAAAGUUCCGACAUGAAAUAAAGAAUGUGUUCGUCUGUCAGACACUCAUUCAGGAAGUCUCGCUGGAAAAUCCACUAUGCAUAGCACAAUUACUGUUUUAAAUGUGAAUAACACAGGUCUAUAAAAAACAAAAAAAAAAACAAAUGACCAAUUAUACAAAUGUGAUUUUCUCUUUCAGAGGGGCUGAAUACAUGGGGCUGUCAUUGAUUCUGUUUACCCAAUGCAACAAAGAUUGGGGACAGGGGGUCAUUAUUAAUGUUUUAUAAUGUUCAAGAGAUGGCAAAGUUCCCAGGGAAGCAUUGACUUUCAAUUUAACAUAAUCAGUGUUGGGAUAAUACAUUCAAUAUAUUCCAAAACUAUGGGGUGCUAGAUGUUUUUUGUCCUUUUUUUUCCUUUCUAUCUUUUGUAACAAGUGUUUAUCAUGACACCAGAUCUCACCUCAAUUGCCCUUUAAAUCAUUAACAGCUAAGUGAUCGCAGAGAGUGUUUUUGCAAGGUUUUGAUAUUGUUUGCAUUAACAUGAAGCAACCGAAUUACACUUUUGGGACAUUUUAUUUCUUGUUAGAUAGAGAGCUGCAGAAAAUGUGCAAGGUGGGGGUCAAUUCAAUGAACGCAGGAUUAUCCUUUAAGAGAUUUUAAUAAAUAAAAGUUAUCAAAUGUGGCUGUGAUGAAGAAAAAAAUGUGAAGGAAGUAUGUGAUGAUUUGGCAUGCCUGUGCUUUAUGUUAAAGAUCUUAGGUGAAAAUAUAAUCCUAUAUUUUUGUUUUAUUGUAAAAUUUUACUUUGAGUAUACAGUAUGAUUAAAAAAAAUGGUCUUCUUUUUUGUGGCUACAUGCUCGUUUUUAUGUAAUUUACCAGUGCAUAAGAUGAGGUGGCCAUAUUUUGCUCAUUAAUGACUGCCUACAUAAAAAUAAAAUACAAUCGCAGACUCAU